AUGGCGAAGAACCGGAACAAGAAGAACAAGGCCAAGAAGAGCGGCGGCGUCGCCGCCAUGGACACCUCUGAGGGCGGCCCUGCCACAUCCACUGCCGCGGACGCCCCACAACCAAUGGACACGUCCAAGGGAAAGCAGCCAUCGUCGGCCACCGCGGCGCUCGGUUCGAUCAACAAGAAAAUAAAAAAGGGAGUGCAUAUGAAAAGGUCACAGAAUGCUAGGAAAAUGAAAGCAAUUGCUAGGGCUGUAUCAAAGAAUGAAAAGUCUGAGGAGAAGAUCCAGAAAGCAAAAAGCAAGAAGACAAGAACUCAGUCUGCCAAGUCUUUGUAUGACUGA